AAAAAUGGAACAGUGCAGAAGCUAAACGAAUUCCCGACUUCAAGAUUGGAUUUUUAUGCUCGGUAAUACAGGGGCACCAAGGAGACGAGUGACAUGACUUGAUUAACGAUUUGAGAUCAGUCGCGCUGCUGGGUGGAGAACCUAUUAGCGAAUUAAACGAAAUGAAAGUGUCAGUUAAGCCCCCAUGCACAAACGCUCCCAGCUGGACAACGGACCAGCAAGAACCGACUUCAAACUCUCUCCCGCCAGCGUCCUAAUGGGAAAACACCCGAAUUGAGCUGAGGCCGCUGUUACUUCGACCUGAACCCACCCCCAGGUCUCUACAGCAACGCGUUUCCCACUCCUCACCUGCAACUGAAGAAACUAAAGAAGAACACUCAAAUUUAUCGCCCCUCUUUCUGCCACCUACAGCUGUCCCUAAUCUCUUCAGGGUCUAGCCCACGGGUUUAAGUUGGCGGGAGAAUACCAAGCCCAACCCCCUUUACGGCGGCCGGAGGAGGCCAAAAUUGCUUUACAAUCGAAAUAGGAGGUCGCCCCACCCUAAAUUCCACCCGUUCCGAUUUCCAGGCUACGCAAUCUAGGGUGUAUUCUUGGCCCCGCCCUCCUCCCUGGCUUUACACGCCCCCUUCAAAAGAACAACCAAUCACCUCCUCGAAUCGCGUUGCUAUAGAGACUCUUAUCACCACCUUUUUUUUUCCCAGCAAGCCGUGCGACGCACCGGGCCUCAUCCUCUUUGUGCCAUCCGGGUCUCUCGCGCGAGCGUUUUAGUCUGUGGCGAAGCGUCGGGGCGGCCGGUACUGUUGAGAGUGGCAAGUGGAGGCGCCGCCCUAGCGGCUAGAACUCUGGACUAUGGCGGCUAGUGAUACAGAGCGAGAUGGACUAGCCCCAGAAAAGACAUCCCCAGAUAGAGAUAAGAAAAAAGAGCAGUCAGAUGUAUCUAUUUCUCCUAGAGCCUCAAAACAUCAUUAUUCAAGAUCACGAUCAAGGUCAAGAGAAAGAAAACGAAAGUCAGAUAAUGAAGGAAGAAAACACAGGAGCCGGAGCAGAAGCAAAGAGGCAAGAAGACAUGAAUCCAAAGAUAAAUCAUCUAAGAAACACAAGUCUGAGGAACAUAAUGACAAAGAUCAUUCUUCUGAUAAAGGAAGAGAGCGACUAAAUUCAUCUGAAAAUGGAGAGGACAGACAUAAACGCAAAGAAAGAAAGUCAUCAAGAGGCAGAAGUCACUCAAGAUCUAGGUCUCGUGAAAGGUAUUACAGAGAUAGAAAGAAAAGAAUUGAAAAACCUAGAAGAUUUAGCAGAAGUUUAAGCCGAACUCCCAGUCCACCUCCCUUCAGAGGCAGGAACACAGCAAUGGAUGCACAAGAAGCUUUAGCUAGGAGGUUGGAAAGAGCAAAGAAAUUACAAGAACAGCGAGAAAAGGAAAUGGUCGAAAAACAAAAACAGCAAGAAAUAGCUGCAGCUGCAGCCACCGGAGGUUCUGUGCUCAAUGUUGCUGCCUUGUUGGCAUCAGGAACGCAAGUAACUCCUCAGAUAGCUAUGGCAGCUCAAAUGGCUGCCCUGCAGGCUAAAGCUUUGGCAGAGACCGGAAUAGCUGUACCUAGCUAUUAUAACCCAGCAGCUGUGAAUCCAAUGAAAUUUGCUGAGCAAGAGAAAAAAAGGAAAAUGCUUUGGCAAGGCAAGAAAGAAGGGGACAAAUCCCAGUCUGCUGAAAUAUGGGAAAAAUUAAAUUUUGGAAACAAGGACCAAAAUGUCAAAUUCAGGAAAUUAAUGGGUAUUAAGAGUGAAGAUGAAGCUGGAUGUAGCUCAGUUGAUGAAGAAAGUUACAAGACUUUGAAGCAACAGGAAGAAGUAUUUAGAAAUUUAGAUGCUCAGUAUGAAAUGGCAAGAUCACAGACCCACACACAAAGAGGAAUGGGAUUGGGUUUCACAUCAUCAAUGCGAGGAAUGGAUGCAGUUUGAAAAAGAUCAGACUUUAAUGUUUGGGACUUUAUGGACUUCUGGUUCUGAUGUCAGGUCCUUGUUCACCAAACAGCUAGCAUUCUCGCUUGCAUGGGUGUUGCAUUGACUUUAAUUUAUUGAAAAAUACGAUUUUUUGUAAAUAUCAGAUCAGUGAUACUGGUGUUAGUGUUGUAAUCAGGUUAAACACACUUCCAUUAAACUUGACAGGACUAUAGAAGGACAAUAUUUUUUAGUUCAUGAAUUCUACUUUUCAAAUAUAUAAAAGCUGCAGGUGGGAUAAAAUCUCAUACAUGGAUAUUUCGUGUCCGCUGUCUUGUGUACUUUUGUACUUAACCUUGUACAGUUAUUUUCAUCUCUUGAAACAUGAAAGAAAUGUUAUGUAGAUGUUCUUUAGAAGAUCUGGCCAUUUGGUACAUAAUCCAGCACAAAUACGCUGGGUGGUGAUGACAAUAAAAAUGGUUUUCUCAACACUGGUGUUAAUUUAA